GAAAGCCCAAAGUACAAUCGAAAUGCAAAGGACGAAAGUUGGGCUUUUCCACUUCUUUUGCCUAGUACAUCACUCUUGUAGGGCAAUAAUUUCCACUUAUUAUAAUACCCAAUUCAGUCCAAUAAUUUGACCCGACCCGGCCAGCCCAUCCCCUUUUCCCUUCCAAUUACCCUAGCACCAACGGAUAAUAAACUCUCACACGGCUCUCAGCGACGGAAAAGCAGCGGCACAUCGGACGAAUGGCUGGAAAAGCUGCAAAGUCAGUAGCAAAAGCAGUUGGGCAAUAUCAAUAUCCGUGGCAAGAAAAGUUGGUAAAAUACAAGGAUGAGCUUUCAAAGGGAGUUUGGGGUUACUGGGAGCUUGGGGUCUGGAAACCUCUAGGGCUUAGUGCUCGCCAUCGAGCUCGUCUGCGCAAGGAAGUUGUUCUUGCUGGACAUGAUUGGCCAUACGAUCCAGCGAGGAAGGAAAUGAGAACGAAGCAGAAAGGGCACAAGUGUGACAGAAUAUCAGCAGAGAAACGGGCAAAGACAGCUGAACUGAUGCAAAAAAUGCCUGAAAUGUUGGCUGAUUAUAGGAAGAGAAGAUGGGAAAGGAAAAUGAAGGCAGAAGAUGAUACUGCCAGAAAAGCAGUGCAAGAGUAGAUUUUUACCCUUAAGAUCUAUGCAUACUGAUAGUUCUCAGCAAAUUUCAAUUUUUAGGAUAAUGCACUUAUUUACGAUAUCGACGAAGCAUUUCCUUCUUGCAUUGUUCCCGUCCCUGUAUUUCCAAACAUCUGUGCUCAUCUAUACAGUUGCAAUGGGCGUGAAUAAUGGGAUUUACCUGGUGAUUUGUGAA